AUGAAAUUCGCUCGAUUAAUGUCAUUCACGGUCGGGCGUUUGUCCUGAUAUUAUAGCUACUUACCGAUUCGCGCGUUGAUCAAGGAACAGCAUCGAUUUUUCAAGCGCACAUCUCGCGAGCAUGAAUAAGUUUUCUUUACCGAUCAUCGUCGCCAACCUUGGGCUUUUAACGUCAUUGGUUCUUGCUGCUCCACCCAACGAUGUACAAGGAUCAGCAGACGCAGUAUGCCCACGAAUCGUGACCCGCGACGAGUGGAAGGCUCGAGAAGCCCUAUUUCCGGAAAAGUUGCCACACAGCCCAGCUCCUUAUCUUGUAGUUCAUCAUGGUGGCAUAAAGCGUUAUUGCCACGAUCAACUAACGUGCUCGGCAAUAGUGCGCUCCUACCAAGACUUGCACAUCGACACGAAUGGCUGGCAGGACAUCGGCUACAAUUUUCUCAUCGGUGAAGACGGCAACGUUUACGAAGGACGCGGUUGGGAUACAGUCGGUGCCCAUGCGCCUGGCUACAAUGUUCAGAGCAUCGGCGUGUGCGUCAUUGGCGAUUUCACUGAUAGGUUGCCGAACGAAGCCGCUUUGAGUGCCUUGAACUCACUGAUGCGGUGCGGUGUAGCUAUGGCCAAGCUGAAGAAGGAUUAUUUGGUGAUCGGUCAUCGACAAACUCGUAGCACUGAAUGCCCUGGUGAAGCGCUAUUUAAAUACGUUCAGAGCUUUCCAAAUUGGACCGAUCGACCGGUGCCGAUUUUGAGCAAGCGAACCGACACAAUUGCUUACUUCUUGCAUCUCAUGUCUAUGAAAACAGUUCCCACAAUAAUAUCAAGAUCAGAAUGGGGCGCAAAGGAGCCAAAAGGAUCAGUGGAUCCACUACGCGUGAAUCCGCCCACUUACAUUAUUAUCCAUCAUUCGGCAACUGAUACAUGCACAACUAGAGCGAUAUGCCAGGCUAGAGUUCGAGCUUUCCAAAAUUAUCAUAUGAACGAGAAGAAAUGGAAUGAUAUCGGAUACAAUUUUAUCGUGGGGGAAGAUGGAAAUGUUUAUGAAGGACGAGGAUGGGCAAAAACUGGCGCACAUACUAAAUCAUACAACGAUAAAAGUAUCGGGAUUUGCAUUAUUGGAAAUUAUGACAAUCGCAUCCCAAAUAAUGCCGCAACUGAAGCUACCAAACAGUUGAUUUCUUACGGGGUAGCCCAAGGAAAUAUAAGCGAAAAGUACUUUUUGAUUGGUCACAUGCAAGCAUCACCGACAUCUUGCCCUGGAAAUAAACUUCAUCAAUUAAUACAAUCUUGGCCACAUUGGACAAAAAACCCUUGAUCGACAAAUUUUGAUUAUUGUUAUAAUUUAAAAAAAUAUAAUUACACUUUCUUUAUUUUUUAUUUUAUUUUACAAUAAAUCUAACGAUAUUUAAAAAUAAAAUUAAUAUUGCUUAUACGGUAAUUAUUCAUUUUUUUUCAAGCGCUCAAUGGU